AGGAAAAAAAAAAAAGAAAAAAAAAGGGAGAGAGAGGGAGGAAAAAAAAGUAGGGAAAAAAAUAGUGCGAGCGAGCACAAGCUGAUCUGAUCAAGCACUUUCAGCUUCAUCCCUCCUGGGUCACAUACUGCUUCUCCACCAAGGUUUGUGCGGAAUUUCUUUAGCAACUUGUCGCUUUUUAAAUUUUGCUUUUUCCUCCCUCUCCCCACCCUCCUUUUCUCCUCACUCCCUCCUUUCACCCCCACUCUCCUCUCCCAUCGCUUUACCCCCUCCUCGAUUUCCCCCCUCUCCGUCGCUUCUCUUCUCCCCCUGUUCCCCCUUUCUCGGUUGCAUAAUAAUUAAUGAGCAAUCAAAGUGACUCUGGGCUGUGCAGCAGCGAAUAGCACAAGUUCUCACCGGCUUAAGCCACUGGAGCUUCUCAGGUGCAAAUGGAGCAAAUAAAAAAAUAAACAAACAACCGCGACGACCAAAAAAAAAAAAAAAAAAAAAAGAAAAAAGAAAAGCAAAAAAAACCCCAAACCCAAGGAAAAGUAAGAGCUGGGCGGCAGGAGCGCGGCGGGAGCUGCUGGGCUCCGCUCCGAGCCCGGAGAGAGCGAAAGAGAAAGAGGUGCUGGGAGAGGUGGGUCCAGGGCAGAGCAGGCGCUUCCCAGGGAUGGCUGCCGAGGGAUGGGAUGGGUUUUCUCCUGCCUAAAAAGUCAGGUGCUAAAGUUCAGAACUUCUCAAGUACGUUUCUCUCCCUGCCUCUCUCUCUCUCUCUCUCUCUCUCUCUCUGCUCCUUCCCUUUCCUCUUUCUCGUUACAGGUGAUCAAAGAAGAGAAACAUCUGCAACAGAGAGGAAGAAACGAGUGGAUCUCGCUUCGGAGAGAAAUUUUUCCCCCAAGAUUUUUGUUUUGUUUUGUUUUUCCCUUUUUUCUCCCUUUUUAUUUUAUCAGUUUUCCUUUUUUUUUUUUUUUUUUUUUUUUUUUUGGAAUCGACCGCUUCUCACCACAACCCCUCUACUCCCUCCACUUUAAACCAAACUUAACCAGAAACAUCCCCGAACUCGCCGAGCACUUUUCCCCGCCCUGCGUUAACUCCGGCAGCGUCUCCCGCUCCCAUCUCAAGCCCUCCGCGCCUUGCUGAGGAGGAGGAGGAGGAGGAGGAAGAGCAGCCAGCUCGGAAGAUGGAGGUCUCCACGGACCAGCCGCGGUGGGUGAGCCACCACCACCCGGCCGUGCUCAAUGGGCAGCACCCGGACUCGCAUCACCCCUCGCUUGGCCAUACCUACAUGGACCCCACGCAGUAUCCUCUCGCCGAGGAAGUGGAUGUACUUUUUAAUAUCGACGGACAAGGCAACCCCGUCCCGCCGUAUUACGGCAACUCCGUGAGAGCCACGGUGCAGAGAUACCCCACGGCCCACCACGGGAGCCAGGUGUGCCGUCCCCCGCUGCUGCACGGCUCGCUGCCCUGGCUGGACGGGAGCAAGGCGCUGAGCAGCCAUCACAGCGCUUCCCCCUGGAACCUCAGCCCCUUCUCCAAGACCUCCAUCCAUCACAGCUCGCCGGGACCCCUUUCCGUCUACCCACCCGCCUCCUCUUCCACUUUAUCCGCCGGCCACUCCAGCCCGCACCUUUUCACCUUCCCGCCGACCCCUCCGAAAGAUGUGUCCCCGGAUCCGUCCAUCUCCACCCCCGGCUCCACCGGCUCCACCCGGCAGGACGAGAAGGAAUGCAUCAAAUACCAGGUGUCCCUGGCCGACACCAUGAAGCUGGAGUCCUCUCACUCUCGGAGCAGCAUGGCCUCUUUAGGAGGAGCCACGUCCUCCGCUCAUCACCCCAUCACUACCUACCCACCGUAUGUCCCAGAAUAUGGCUCUGGACUUUUUCCCCCCAGUAGCCUCUUAGGAGGAUCGCCAACCGGCUUCGGGUGUAAAUCGCGACCAAAAGCACGGUCGAGCACAGGCAGGGAGUGUGUAAACUGUGGGGCUACCUCAACCCCUCUGUGGAGAAGAGACGGCACUGGGCACUAUUUGUGUAACGCCUGUGGACUCUACCACAAAAUGAACGGGCAGAACCGGCCCCUGAUCAAACCCAAGAGAAGACUGUCUGCAGCCAGGAGGGCGGGCACGUCCUGUGCAAACUGUCAGACCACCACUACCACCCUGUGGAGGAGAAAUGCCAACGGCGAUCCCGUCUGUAAUGCCUGUGGGCUCUACUACAAGCUGCACAAUAUUAACAGACCCCUGACUAUGAAGAAAGAAGGAAUUCAGACCAGAAACCGAAAGAUGUCUAGCAAAUCCAAAAAGUGCAAAAAGGUCCAUGACAACCUCGAAGACUUUCCCAAGAGCAGCUCCUUUAACCCCGCCGCCCUCUCCAGACACAUGUCCUCCAUCAGCCACAUUUCACCCUUCAGUCACUCCAGCCACAUGCUGACCACACCGACACCGAUGCAUCCUCCAUCCAGCCUCUCCUUCGGACCUCACCACCCUUCCAGCAUGGUCACUGCCAUGGGUUAGCAAGAGACUCCCCUGCUGAAUGCUUACGGUCUCAAAAUGAGAUUUACUUUAUAUACUACUUGCAUUUUUGCAGGCGUGUGGUUAUGGGUCUGACGUCCCGAAUCAAAUGGGAGGGGGAAAUUAAAAAAAAAAAAGAAUAAAAAAAAAAAAUUAAAAAAAAAAAGUUAUUUGAAGGCGUAAAGAGAGAGAGAAAAAAAAUUAAAAAUGCAGAAAAAAACUACAAAAAGCACAAAAAAGGAAAAAAAAAGAAAAAAAGAGAAAAAAGUAAAAAAAAAAGUUUUAAAAAGGUGAUGUUUGCCACUUUUUAAAGGAACUCACUAUGGCGUCUAUGUAUUCUUACCCACUGAAUCUGGAUACCAUUUGUG